UUGUUUUUAUUUUUGAAUUGCCAAGAAGUUAUCCAAAUUCUGGUAAUUUAUUAAAAUUUUAAUUUGAAAAUUCAGCUCUUGCGUUUAAUGAAAAAUAUAGUACAUUAAAGCUAGUAAUAUUUAUUUUGUGAUUUAGAUAAAAAAUAUAACGUUAACCUCAAAAACUGCACAUAACAGAAAAAAAUUUUUCCGAAAGUGAAAUAUAUACCAAAACUUAAAAGAAAAAUGUAUUCUUCUUAGAAUUUAUAGAAAAUAAAAUUUAGAUUAGGUAUGAUCAGUAAUAUACUGUCUCCUAAAUUAUUUAAUUACAAAAUGCUACCAGUAAGGUUGUCUACAUCUCAAAAGAUUGUUGCCUUGUCUGUAACAGCUAGUGUUGUUCUGUUAGGUGUCUUAGCUCGGUUUUUACGCAGGAGAAAAACACCUAGACCCCUACGGCGAGUACAAAGGCGAGGAGGUAGACGAACAAGGAACAGUGUACGCAGCCCUAAUGAUUUAAUAUCUGUGGCUGGUUCUAAGAUAUCUGCAAGGUCUGGAAGUCCUGUUGCUUCUAUUAUUGCUUUGUCAGAUCGCAUGUCUUUAGCUUCUGGAUCUGUAGGACCUAACGUGAUAGUAACUCCUCACUUAACCUCCCAACAGCUAGGAGUUAUGGGAAUGGAAGCUCUAGAAGCAGUGAUCAAUCACUGGGAAGAUGCCUUAGCCGUACAUUAUUCUCCAGGGGGAGUUCCUGCUGCAUUAACAACUGCAGAAGAAUCUGAAUUUUGUCGUGAAAUUCAAAAUUUGUUAGAUAUGGCAUACACUUUGCAAGAACAAAGUGAAUUAUUGUUCUUAGAUCAACGUUCAGUGUUAUUUCGAGAAGAAACACAAUUAGAAAAAGAAACGGAUAAGGUACCAAGUCGUCUACGCCGAACAGGAUCUGAUCCUAAUUUCGAUUCCGCUGAAAGUUUUGCUUCAGCUCUUGACCAGGUUGCAGAUUUACGCGAAUUCGAGGAUUUUACAGAAGCUUUCGCAGAAUUUGAACAAUAUCCAUUAUACACAAAUGCUGUUAAACAAUUUGAAGAUAACCCUAUUCCUUGUCGAACGUUGAGAACAGAAAUGGUUGGAUGCUCGACAGAUCUAGAAUAUUUAGCAAAAUUACACUGCAUUAGAUUAGCAUUUCAAUUUUUAUUCAAGGAUCAAGCAAAUGGGCAAUGGGUGGCAGAUACUGGUCGACAAGUGUUAACAGAUUUACUAUGUCUCGGUGAUAAAGAUCCUAAAGAUUUUUUGGUUGGAUACGAAGAUUUGAUGCAAUUUCUGCAUGACCAAAAUAAUUGGUCGAUUAUUGAAAGUGAACUGGAUGCUCGUGAUGUAAAAGCAAUGACAUUUUAUGACAUUUGUAUUGACUUCAUAAUAUUGGAUUCGUUCCGAGAUUUAGAAAAUCCCCCAGGCAGUGUAAUGGCUGUUGUUCAAAAUCGGUUUUUGUCGAAUGGAUUUAAAGAAACUGCUUUAACCACGGCUGUUUGGUCUGUGUUGAAAGCCAAAAAAAGAUUGUUGAAAUAUCCCAAUGGAUUUAUGUCACAUUUUUACACAAUAUCUGAACAAAUAUCACCUUUAAUGGCUUGGGGAUUUUUUGGUCCUAAUGAAAAUCUUCGUGAUAUUUGUCAUUAUUUUAGGGAACAAACCUUAGGAUUUUUAGUAGACAUAUUUAACUUUCAAAAAUGCCGUUAUACAACAGUAGAAGAUUUGUCUGAGGACAUUUUGCAACAUAUGAAAACCCGAGUAAAUAAUAUUGGAGUUAAAUUUAGUCAAUGAGAGUAGUUUUAUAGUACAAGUAUUGUUUUGCUUUUCAUUUAAGAAUAAAAUUUUAUUAGUUUGUUUUACCUAAUAGACAAUUUAUGUCUAAUAGAAAUUUACAUAUAAAAAAAAAUUCCAUUUUAAAAGUGGCGAUAAAUUUAUGAAAUGCUGACUGUUUUGUUUUCCUAAUUAGCAAGGAAGACAAAUAUUUUGUUGUUUUUAUUAUUUUUGAUUUUAUGAAUCUAUUGACUUGAUACAAUAAAAUUUUAUGAAAAGGUGAUUAGGAAA